UAGCAAACACCCUUUUUCUGCCCAAAAAGAGCAAACCUGGCAGAAAUUAAAGGGGUUAAAAGGGGGGUGGUGGCAGGACACACAAGGGGGGUUUGGCUGGGACAAAGGGACUGGGGGAGCUCUGAUGUCCCCCCCAUUCUAUUGACAGCAAACGGUGCCCCUCCCUCCCCAGUGUUUACUGUCAACACCCCAAACUGGUCCCAACUGGGCCAAACUGGGCCCAGCCCCGUUCACAUCGCCCUCCCCGUGCCUAUAAAAUGGGGGUGGGGCCACCCACCUGUCCCUGUCUGCUGUCACCCUCUGCUUUGUGGGGUGUCCCCCCUGCUCCCCCCACCAUGCUCUUCUGGCACGGCCAACCCGACCACUGCUGGUCCAGCCCUGGGGACAUGUACCCCCUGCCCAGUUCGGGGGUGCUCAGGGACCCCCCGGUCCUGCCCUACCUGAAGCAGGAGGAGCCCAACGGCAUCUCCACAUCGCUGCCGCCCUUCCAGUACAUCCUGUGUGCCCCGACCUCCCCGGCCGUGCGGCACCACGAGGAGACCCUCACCUACCUCAACCAGGGGCAAUCCUACGAGAUCCGCAUGAUGGGGACGCCCCGGGGGGACCCCGCCGAGGGCCGCAGGAUGGUCAAGAGCGUGCUCCGCGUGGUUUUCCACGACCGCCGCCUCCAGUACUCGGAGCAGCAGCAGCUCGAGGGCUGGCGCUGGAGCCGCCCGGGCGACCGGAUCCUCGACAUCGACAUCCCCCUCUCCGUCGGGAUCCUGGAACCCCAAAUCCACCCCACGCUGCUCAACACGGUGGAAUUCCUCUGGGACCCCUCCCGACGCACAUCCGUGUUCGUGCAGGUUCACUGCAUCAGCACCGAGUUCACGCUGAGGAAGAACGGGGGGGAGAAGGGGGUCCCCUUCCGCAUCCAGAUCGACACCUUCGGGGCGGGGGGCAAGGGGGACCCCCCCGAGCACCUGCACUCCGCCAGCUGCCUGGUCAAGGUGUUCAAGCCCAAGGGGGCCGAUAGGAAGCAGAAGACGGACCGGGAGAAGGUGGAGAAGCAGCCGGCGGCGGAGAGGGAGAAAUUCCAGCCGGCCUACGAGAGCACCGUGCUGGCCGAGUGCCCCCCGUGGCCGGACGCGCUGGGUGCCCCCCACACCCCCCCGGGCACCCCGGGGCUGCCUUCCCCGCACCCCUUCAAGCUGCUGAGCCCUGAGAGGGUGUGCUUGUCACCUGCCUGCGCUGCCGAGAGCCCCGCGGAGAGUCCUGGCGAGGCGCUGAGCCCCUGCGCAUCCCCCCUGGAGACGCAGCAGUGGCUGCUCCGGCGCCGCUUCUCCUCCUGCGCCCGCGUCUUCGCCAACUUCAGCGGCGCGGAUCUGCUGAAGCUCUCCCGCAGGGACCUGAUCCAGAUCUGCGGAGCCCCCGACGGCAUCCGCCUCUGCCACGCCCUGGCGGGCAGGUGCCCGCGGCCCCGGCUGACCCUGUACGUGGCGCGGGAGCCCGGCGGGGCCGAGAGUGCGGAGGAUGCGGGAGCAGGGCUGUACCAGGAGCUGCACCUGGAGCAGCUGACGGUGGCCGAGCUCACCUCGAAGCUGGCGGAGCUGCUGGCGCUGCCCCCGGGGCAGAUCCUGCGGCUCUCCCGGCAGGGACCCGCCGGCAUCCACGUCCUCGUCAGCGACGCGAUGAUCAGGAACCUCCAGGACGAGACGAGUUUCGUGGUGGCGAUCGGCAAAGCCCCCGGCCCCGACGGCUUCCAGCUGCUGCUGCGGUAGGAGCGACCCUGGGAAGGGACAUCGCUGGGGACAGAGAGAGGAGCCCGGGGCUGGCACAGUCCCCAGAGCCCGCCCGAGGGGAUGGGACCUGUCCUGUCCCCCGCGUGUCCUCCUCCGUGUCCCCGCUUUGGAUUAAAGGAGCGGCCCCGAGCUCGGCCUCGUCCCUGCGGCGCCCGCCGGGAUUUGGGGUCCCCAGGGUGGAUUUGGGGUGCGGGGACAGAACCGGCCGGUGUCGCCUCAGCCCGGUCGGGAACGGAUUGUUCCAAACACCGAAUCCUUCUCGAGCCGGCGGAGCGGGACCGGGACGUCCUUGGGAGAGAAUUCCUGGGGCAAAGGACGGGAGUGGGAUAAACAAAACGGGAGCAGGGGAGGAAGAGGAGGAAGAGGAGGAAGAGGAGGACCGGGAGGAGCUGGGACAGCCCCGGCCCGGAGCUGCCAUCACAGACACGGGGACAAGAGGAGGACACGGGGCUCUGGACCCAUCGCUGGACGGGACAAGGGGACAUCCCCGACCCUCCCAAAAACACUCCAUGGGGAUCCAGAGUCCCACCAGCCCUUUCUGACUGUCCCCUGUGUCCCCACCCCGCAGGGAUGGCCCGCGGUGUCACAGAGCCACCUUAAUUAACCAGGUGCAUUUAUAAUUAACUCCCAGAUCAAGGCGCUGUCCCACCCGCAGUGCCGGGACAAGCACAGCCACAGCAUUUCAUUCACGGGACAUUUCCCCGCUCUCUGUCCCCCAGCUCCUCUGUCCAGCCCCAGCAGCCACCAGGACACCCCCGAGCCAAAAAGUGUCACAGCCCCCGAGGGAAGGGGACAGGGGAAUGGGAGUGGCGCAGGGGAGGGGGCUCACAGCCCCUGGGGACCGCCGGGGGGGCUCAGCUGCACCUUUGGGGACAGAG